AUGUGAGGUCUUGUACUUCCUGCCCUCAUCAGCUGGAGCAAACCCUCAUACACACAGCGACCUGCCUGACGCGCCAUGUCAUGCAGUCUUUGCUUAGGCUUAGCAUCUGCGGAAAAUGCAGUGGAUUUCCGAGACGUGCUAUUUGUACAACUGUAUCAAUCAGACAGUCCCAGCAUACACCCGAGCCUGUGGACGUGAAUGGCUGGAAACCAUUACACCUGCCAGUGAUGGUAAACGAAGUCGUUGACUGCUUGUCACCACAGGAAGGUCAGACUAUAUUGGAUAUGACAUUUGGAGCUGGAGGUCACACUACAUCUAUUCUGAAACAGGCUGCUAAUAUUAAAAUAUUAGCACUUGACCGAGACCCAAAAGCAUAUGAAAUAGCAAAGCAAUUAUCCUUUGAAAAUGGGCAGAAGAUUUAUCCUUUGUUAGGAAGAUUCAGUGAGUGUGAGGACUUACUAACAUCUACAGGAAUAGAACCAGGGAGUUUGGAUGGAGUUCUGAUUGAUGCUGGGUGUUCUUCCAUGCAAUUUGACACACCAGAGCGAGGCUUUUCAUUGUCUAAGGAUGGUCCCUUAGACAUGAGAAUGGACGGAAACAGGUACCCUGAAAUGCCCACCGCUGCUGAUGUUGUGAACGCGUUAGAUCAACAGGCACUUGCGUCCAUCCUGCAAAUAUACGGGGAGGAGAGACACGCCAAGAAAAUUUCUUCAGCUAUCGUUCAAGCACGUAGCAUAUACCCCAUCACCAGGACCCAGCAGCUAGCUAGCAUUAUCGCAGGAACUGGUAUGUUUGCCCGGAAAGAUCUUCUCCAAAGACCAGCGCACGUUGCAACUAAAAGUUUCCAAGCUCUUCGUAUCUUCGUCAACGAUGAGCUGAAUGAACUGUACGCCGGGCUCAAGACAGCUCAGAAGUUUCUGAGAACCGGAGGAAAACUGGUUGUGAUUUCCUUCCAUUCGCUAGAAGACCGGGUUGUCAAGCGAUUCCUACAUGGGAUAGAUAUGACCGAAAAGCCAAAUCUUGGUAUCAGGCAUAAGAUAAGACGAGGAGAGCAGAAGGACUUUACGGAAGUGGAGGAUGAUGACGUUGUGAACUCACACUCUGGCUCCGAAUGGACAGUUAUACAAAAGAAAGUGCUUACACCACAGUACCAAGAUGUCCUAGACAAUCCCAGGGGCAGGUCUGCAAAACUAAGGGCUGCUAUAAAGCUGUGAGUAUUUCCAUGGCUUAGGCCAGGUAAUCAGCACUGAAAUUGCCACCAUUGCGAGUCAACACUUGGAUUUCCACUUCAUAUCACAGUGACUGUGAAAUAUCAUGUUUGAAAGGAACAUCAGCAGCCUACCAGACUUUUUCCCCUGAAGACCCAACACCCUAAAGAAACGUUAAUAAACCAUUUUAUAGGGAACAGAGGUAUCCUUCAAUAUCAAGCAAAAGAUGGUGAUUUUGUAAUUUGUAUAAGAAUCAUAUCCUUCAACCAAUAAAACAACAAAACCA